AUCAUAAGUGGAUGGCUUGAGGGAAUAAUUGUCACAAAAUGGACACACCUUUGCAACAGCACCCAGAUUAACAGAAAAUUGCCGGCACCCCAGAACCCUCCUCUUCUAAUGUUCCUGGAGCUCUAGGUUGGAAUUUGCCCUUGACAGAUAACAACAUGAUGAGUGAUGCAAGUGACAUGCUGGCUGCGGCGCUGGAGCAGAUGGAUGGGAUUAUAGCAGGUUCUAAGGCCUUGGAAUAUUCCAAUGGAAUUUUUGAUUGCCAGUCUCCCACCUCCCCAUUCAUGGGAAGCCUGCGAGCUCUGCACCUUGUAGAAGACCUGCGUGGGUUGUUAGAGAUGAUGGACACAGAUGAGAAGGAAGGUUUGAGGUGCCAGAUCCCAGAUUCAACAGCGGAAACACUCGUUGAAUGGCUUCAGAGCCAAAUGACAAAUGGACACCUGCCUGGGAAUGGAGAGGUGUAUCAAGAAAGGCUAGCCCGUUUAGAAAAUGAUAAAGAAUCUCUCGUUCUUCAGGUAAGUGUGUUAACAGACCAGGUAGAGGCUCAGGGAGAGAAGAUUCGAGAUUUGGAGUUUUGUCUUGAAGAGCACAGGGAGAAGCUGAACGCCACAGAAGAAAUGCUGCAGCAGGAGCUUCUGAGUAGGACAUCCUUAGAGACUCAGAAGUUGGAUCUGAUGGCUGAAAUCUCUAACUUGAAGCUAAAACUGACGGCUGUAGAGAAGGACAGAUUGGACUAUGAAGACAGGUUCAGAGACACAGAGGGGCUAAUGCAAGAGAUCAAUGAUUUGAGGUUAAGAGUCAGUGAAAUGGACAAUGAAAGACUUCAGUAUGAAAAAAAGCUGAAAUCAACCAAAUCUUUAAUGGCCAAACUUUCUAGCAUGAAAAUCAAGGUGGGUCAGAUGCAGUAUGAAAAGCAGCGGAUGGAGCGAAAAUGGGAGUCACUGAAGGACGAACUGGCAUCUUUAAAAGAACAGCUAGAAGAGAAGGAAUCUGAAGUAAAAAGGCUACAAGAAAAACUGGUGUGCAAGAUGAAAGGAGAAGGGAUGGAAAUUCUUGAUCGAGAUGAAAAUUUUAAAAAGAAGCUCAAAGACAAAAAUAUUGAAGUACAAAAAAUGAAAAAGGCUGUGGAGUCUUUGAUGGCAGCAAAUGAAGAAAAGGAUCGGAAAAUAGAAGAUCUUCGCCAGUGCCUGAACAGGUACAAGAAAAUGCAAGAUACGGUGGUACUGGCCCAAGGUAAAAAAGGCCAAGAUAGCGACUUUGAAGAUCUGCUCACAUCCAGUUCCAUCUCUACUUUGCUGGAUGCACAAGGUUUUAGUGACCUGGAGAAAAGUCUGUCACCUACACCAGUAAUGGGAUCUCCCAGCCGUGACCCAUUUAACACAAGUGUUCCAGAAGAGUUCCACACCGGUAUCUUGCAAGUUUCGGUCCCUUCAUUAUUGCCAGCAUCUAAGGGCUUGGAAAUUUCCGAAAAAGCAAAAUUGCCUCAACCAGAGACUUCGUUUGAAGAGAAUGAUGGAAAAAUAAUCCUUGGUGCUGCUGUUGAAACCCAGCCUUCUGAUAGUCUUUCAACUUCGAGUCUGCAAAAGUCCAGCAGCCUGGGCAAUCUGAAGAAAGAGUCAUCAGAUGGGGAUACAGAGUCUGUCCAGAAGCCUUCAGAGGAUAAAACUCCAGCAGAAAGCAGCCCAUUUGGAAGCCUCCCUCCAAAAGCUCCAGGACAUGAUGCCUCCAUGGAUGACAACCCCUUUGGCACUCGAAAAGCCAGAUCUUCCUUUGGGCGUGGCUUUUUUAAAAUAAAAAGUAACAAGAGGACAGCAAGUGCCCCCAACUUGGAUCGUAAACGAAGUGCCAGUGCACCCACCUUAGCUGAAACAGAGAAGGAGACAGCUGAGCACCUAGAUCUUGCUGGUGUAUCUUCCCGGCCAAAAGAUGCGCCGGGAAGUAGUCCCUUCCAGAUAUCUCCGCCAUCGCCAGAUUCCAAAAAGAAAUCCAGAGGUAUCAUGAAACUCUUUGGAAAACUUAGGAGAAGUCAGUCAACUACAUUCAACCCAGAUGACAUGUCUGAGCCUGAAUUCAAAAGAGGAGGAACAAGGGCAACCGCAGGGCCGCGACUGGGUUGGUCUCGAGAUUUGGGACAGUCUAACAGUGACUUGGACAUGCCAUUUGCCAAAUGGACCAAGGAGCAAGUUUGCAAUUGGCUUGUGGAACAAGGCUUGGGGUCCUACCUGAAUUCUGGAAAGCAUUGGAUUGCAUCUGGCCAAACACUUUUGCAGGCUUCUCAACAAGAUCUAGAGAAGGAACUUGGAAUUAAGCAUUCACUUCAUCGAAAGAAACUCCAGCUGGCACUGCAAGCCCUGGGAUCCGAAGAAGAAACCAAUCACGGAAAGCUGGAUUUCAACUGGGUCACUCGGUGGUUGGAUGAUAUUGGUCUCCCCCAGUACAAGACGCAGUUUGACGAAGGACGAGUAGAUGGUCGAAUGCUCCAUUACAUGACUGUUGAUGACUUACUGUCUUUGAAGGUUGUGAGUGUGCUGCACCAUCUCAGUAUCAAAAGGGCUAUUCAGGUCCUGAGGAUCAAUAACUUUGAACCAAACUGUCUGCGGAGGCGGCCAUCUGAUGAGAAUAGCAUCACCCCGUCAGAGGUUCAGCAGUGGACCAACCAUCGUGUGAUGGAGUGGCUGCGCUCCGUGGACUUGGCAGAAUAUGCCCCCAAUCUCAGAGGCAGUGGUGUUCAUGGUGGGCUCAUGGUUCUAGAACCUCGUUUUAAUGUAGAAACAAUGGCUCAGUUAUUGAAUAUCCCACCAAGUAAGACCCUCUUGCGAAGACAUUUGGCCACUCAUUUCAACCUUCUGAUCGGUGCUGAGGCCCAGCACCAAAAGCGUGAUGCCAUGGAGUUACCAGAUUAUGUACUUCUAACAGCCACUGCCAAAGUGAAGCCAAAGAAACUGACCUUCAGCAAUUUUGGGAAUCUGAGAAAGAAGAAACAGGAAGAUGGGGAAGAAUAUGUUUGUCCAAUGGAAUUGGGACAGGCAUCAGGAAGUACAUGCAAGAAAGGAUUUAAACCUGGUUUGGACAUGCGCCUGUAUGAUGAAGAUGAGUUAGACCGGUUAGAGCAGAUGGAAGAUUCAGAAGGGACAGUGAGACAGAUAGGUGCGUUCUCUGAAGGCAUCAACAAUCUAACGCACAUGUUAAAGGAGGACGACAUGUUCAGAGACUUCGCCGCUCGUUCCCCCAGUGCCAGCAUCACUGACGAGGACUCCAACGUUUAAACCACGGCCCUCAAAUGAGCAUCAGGAGCCCCUCGCCUUUUCUCCACCUUCCUUCUCAAACACUCACAGAACACAUAACAAGCAGCAGAUUGUUUACUGUCUAUUAUUCCAACUUCUCAUGUGGAAGUGGAAACCGAAAGCAGGGGGUAUGUGCCCGUUCUGAAGACGCCAUGAAAAAGGAGACACUGGUGAAUGAGACGAUAAUCGUUUUUCUUCUAUUUAAUGUACAAAUCUGUGAUAUAUUAUAUUUAAAGUAUUGCAUUUAAUAUGAGUGUUUUACCGUCGUGUUGCCAUUCCCCUUCACGGUAUGCAGGAUGUGGGAAGCAGGAAGCAGUCUGUGAAUGACUCUGUCACGUCUGCGUCCGUCCGUGUGACAGCACCACAGCCAUCAAAGCAGAGCAUCAUCUGCUUUCAAAAUCAAUAGGUGGAAUUUCUUUAAGCAUUCAGUGUGCCCGCUAAGUGCCAGCCACACCUCCCCUUGCCUCCCGUGGUCCUUUUUUAUAUGUUUUUAAAAAUAUGUGUACAUAUUUAGUACAUAGAAAAUAGAACUUUUAUCUUGUGACAUAAGGCAGAUGGUGAAAAGCAAACACAGCGAUCAGAAUUUUCAUGGACCAGCUGGUUUCAUGGAAAGGUUGGGAUGAUCUUUCCUUCUCCACAACUGAAUUGUAAUGCUGUUGAUCAUUCCAACCAAAUUAGUAUAUCUGAAAUACCCCUUCCUUGAUGAUACAUCACAAAAUUGUUGAAGAGUUAAGAAGUUCAACCUUAAUCUUGGAUCCUUUUACCUCCAAAGGAAGAACUCAAGAGACAUUUAAAUACUCUUAACUUGAAUGCAUUCAGGAGUUCCCCCAAAAUGUAGACAUAGAAAUGAUUUCUGAAGAAACCAAAACAAAACAAAAACCUUUACAGUAUUAAAGCUUCUUAUUUUCCUCUUUGCUAAAUAGUUUAUUACAUCAAAACACUAACAGUCUACCUUAUGUUAUUAAACGUACAUUUCUCAGGCUAUCAAUGAAUGAGAUUUUUUUUUUUAAGAUGCUGAAUAUUUGGACAUUUUGUCCCAGGGUUCAAUAAUUCUGAGGCUACAACAUGAGUUUUAUAAUGGCUGUAUUGCGAUAUGAAAAUGUAGUUGAUGAUUGUUGAUCGCACAGGGCCCAAAUAUCAUUUAUCAAGAAAUGACUGUUUAUCACUUUUUAAGGGGUAUUAGAAAAAUUAUUCUAUGUUUUAUUCACUACUACAUCACUUCUAAUAGCCAACCUGGGAAAGACAGGUUUUCACAAACUGGCACAGGGGGAGCAGUUCCAUAUACGCCAGUGGACGUGCUUAUAAAUUCUGUUUGAAUGUCGGUUGUGUGAUCUCGCAAGCUAUUAGCAAGUUAUCAAGCUUUUCAACAAGGGCCUGUCGAACUAAAUUGCUGUUUAUUCAUUACUAAAAUGAUUUGAUGUUAAUAAUAAUCUUUUGUUCCCCACUAGUCGUUUGGUAACUGUAUUGGACUCCUUACAUAUUAGUGUUUUAUUUUAAUGCAAACAUCUGUCACCAUUUGAAAAACAGUUUCUUAUCCAAACCUGGUUAACACAAUACCAGGAGACUGUUAUAGAUGCCAAAUAUUCUUUAUUCAGGACAGUGUAACAUAACUGAUGAUAUGUGAUAAAGUUCAGAUUUUUUUGACGAUAUAUAUUUUAUUUACGAAAUGUUGUACACUGCUGGUAUUACCAUAUGAAAAGAAAUAAAGUCAAUUGAUGAUUGCCUCA